UCAUUUUUGUCAUUCGUCAUUGACACGCGUAUUUUAUUGUUGACAUUCAGUAACGUGCCCACGUAAAUCAUAUUCAACGGCUGUGUGGAUUCUCUGAAGACGUGAAGAUCAUCUAAGGAGAGUUUUGAGAGGCCCUCUUGUGUACAUGGCCCUAAGUGUGGUCACAUCAUGAGUGGGGAGCCAGAUGCCUUGGCUGUGGUCAACCAGCUAAGGGACUUAGCUGCUGACCCCCUGAACAGGCGAGCUAUUGUAGAAGACCAAGGCUGCUUACCAGGCCUUAUCCUAUUUCUUGACCACCCCAACCCACAAGUCGUCUACUCUGCAUUAUUGGCGGUACGCUACCUGGCAGAAUGCCGUGCCAACAGGGAGAAGCUGAAGGGCGAGUUGGGCAUGAUGCUGAGCCUGCAGAAUGUCAUGCAGAAGGGUACGUCGCCGGGAGAGACCAAGCUGUUGGCCUCAGAGAUCUAUGAGAUCCUGCAGAACUCCAGCAGUGUUGAAGCUGAGCAGGCGGAAGCAGCUGCCUCAUGCCGCCGUAAGGCCCAGUUCUUCCUGGGCUCCUCCAACAAGCGGGCCAAAACUGUGGUCCUGCAGAUCGAUGGUUUGGAUGACUCGAGUCGGAGGAGUCUCUGUGAGGAGGCUUUGCUGAAAAUCCGUGGAGUCAUCAGCUUUACCUUCCAGAUGGCUGUUAAGAGGUGUGUGGUCAGGAUCCGCUCUGACCUGAAGGCAGAGGCCCUGGGCUCAGCCAUUGCAUCAACCAAAGUGAUGAAAGCACAGCAGGUGGUGAAGGGAGAGGAUGGCUCUGAGGUGAUAAUCCCAUUCCAAGAAGAUUCCAGCAUGGUGGUCGAACAGAAUAUGGACUUGCCAGACUACCUGCCUGAGGACGAGAGUCCAGCUCAGGAGCAGCACAAGGCAGUGUCCAGGUUGGGUUCCAUGCAGGACGGUGUGGGCUGGCUAAGCACGGCCGCUAACUUCCUGUCCCGCUCCUUCUACUGGUGACGCACGGGCGCACAUCGUCCUCCCCCCACCCAGCCCAGCUCCCAUUGCUGCUGCCCCCCAGCGUGCUGGAUCGCCACGUGUAUCUCGCAAUAACCGUAACUGUCUCUGAAACGCAGAAACACUAUUGCAGACUGCUGCAAAACCGAAGUCCUCCUAAAGCUCACUUUAGCGCACGCAACACAAGAGACACUAAGCCAUAGAGCAACACAGACGGGUUUCAGAACGAGCGUGUCCUCUGUAGCUGCUCUCUCUUGCCCUCCUAUUUUUUCGUUCUUGGUCAGAAGACAGUUUCUAAGACGGUUUGCUCCAGUUUCUCCUCAUGGGUCCAUGUUUCUAAUACCAAACAGCAUUGAGUUUGUGUGUGGUUUUUGGAGAUUUCUUGGUGCUCGGUCAGAGUGCAGAAGCUUUCUGAGGAUGGGUCAGUUUUGUAUGAUGGAACUCUUCUGGUGCAUGAGGUUUGGGUGCUUUUUUUCUUUUUUGUUUGUGUUCUUUGCCCUUCAUCUCGGCUCUUGUGUAUUUUUAUCGUCUUUAUUCUCUUUUGCCAAUAAUUUGAUAAUCCUUUUUAAAUUCACUUUACCCCUUUUGGGGACUUUUUGAAGCAUGCUAAACUUUCGAUGCCUUUUUCAUCCUCUGAGUCCUUAUCCUUUUGGUGUGUGUGCCUUUGUAUUGCAGUUUGUGAUUCAUUUUGUGAUCCAUUUUCAACAACUUCUCUUUUUUGGAUCUUUUGGCGCUUUAUGUUCUGAGAUGCGAAAUCACUUGCUAUCAUUUCUUUACUCCUGAAUCUUUGGUCAUAUAGAGAACUGAUUGAGGGAAUGAACAGGAGAACCACCAGCAAUGGCUGCGAUAGUGCGUCAUUAAGCAAACCAGUGUAACCUAAUGACUAAUCUUAAUGCAUGCAGAAAAAGGGAAAUACGCAACAUGUCAUUGCUCUAUUUGGAAUACUAACCAUCUUUGGUUACGCUAUGUGCCAAGCACUGUAGUAACUUCUCUAAAGACUAACCUGUAGACAAGUACUGUAGAUCUGACCAUUGAUAAGUAGGACCAUUGAGUAGGAUGGCUUAACUCUCCUGUGUGACUUUUUUUCCUUUCUUUCUUUUUUUUUUUUAAAUCCCUUGCUCGUUCUCAUUGCUCAUGUCUUAUGUUUCCUUCAUCACAGACUACCUAUAGCAUAAAUACUGGUCAGUUCUAGUCCUCUUAGUUCUUGAAAUAACAUUUUAUUCAGUAUAGCUUCAAGCUUUGUUCAGGGCCUUGCUCGUUUUUGAGCUUCAUUGCCACCCCACUUGCCAAAUGCACGGUCAGUGCCUGUCAUUUCUGCAUGCUAACAGCAGCUCAAUACCCCUCUAUCUCUCCAGCCAACAGUGUCUUUUACAACUAGAAGCAGCCCAUCAACUGGCCACACAUAUCUCUGAGCAUUCCCACAAGAGAGGAAGGUGUUUCCGCUCAGGGGUCUGCCGAAGGUGGGUAAUUGGUGUUUGGCUGAGUCAUGUCCCCCCUGCUUAUCACAGCAUGAAAACAGUCUCCCAAGUAUAUUUAUAUUUAUCAUUGUCUUUAUUGGUAUUGCAUCACUUCCUGAUUGAAGUAUUUGCACGAAAGAGGAGCUCCAAAUUACUCUACACUUCUAGGAGGUGCCACUGGUUCCCUAAAGAACCUUUCAUUGGAUGGUUCUUUAAAGGAAUACUCCACUGUUUUUGAAUCUAAUCUCUCUAUCUGCUGUAUCUGUAGCAUAUAUUCAAUAACCACAGACCCACAAUUGGCCUCGCUCUCUGAGUGGGUAGGAUGGUCCUCCCUCUCCCUCAUCACUCAGCAUGAUGCUACCCGAUGCAGGUGUCUGUUAGCUUAUGUAACAGAACUUAGAGUUGUCCUCUGAGCAUGUUGAGCUGUCAAAUAAUGCUACAGAUCAUAAUAUUGUAAAAAUGUAGUGGCUGGCUUCACACCUGCUGGUGUGUGGUCAUGGGUGCUGUUUCUCCUCAAAUGAUGCACAAAACAUGUUUUGUGCUAUUAGCACCCCCUGCUGGAGAAACUCCACACUGCUACACGUGAGCAGUAAGUUCUAAAGCCACUAAAAUGUAUUAAUGAAGUUCUAAAAUGCUGAGAAUGCUGAGACGAUAUGUCACACUUUGGGUAAACCUCCAGCAGAGACAAUGAUCAUUUAUUGUAAUGUAGUUUAAUGACUUAUUAAUGCCUCAGAAUAAUAGCUUAAGCAGUUAAAGGGAAUAAAGCAUUAAUGUACAUAAUGUUGAAUAUUAUUUAGCAAGCUGUUUAAUUUAGUCCUCUAGUUCUGUUAGUUCUCUUUCAUUAAAAUUAUCACCAUGGAGGCAUCAUCGGCGUUGAUUCUAAAGUUUACCUUAAUUCAAAAACUUUAAUAAAAUUGCAAGUUACAUUAAAAAAAACUUUCAGUGCAGGAAAAAAUGUUAUUGUUGUCCCUGGUCAUCUACUGCAGCAGAUAGAAUAGGUUAAAAAAAUGCUGAAAUGUUCUUUUAAAGAACCAUCCACUGAAAGGUUCUUUAGGUAACUACGAGUUGUUCUUGUUUGGCAUUUCUCCAGAAAAACCCUUUUGGCACCUUCAUUUGUAAGAAUACAUUCUUUACUAGAGUCUGGCCUUUCCUUAGUAUAGCACCAUAGUACUUAGACAGGUCUUUCCAAUAAACCCCUUUUAAAUGACAUUAUUUGCAUUUUACUGCUUAAUUUAAGAUGAAUCUGCCUAUUGCAAAUUACAAUCUGUCCAUUGGAUUUGCAUUCAAGUGUUCGAGUCAUUAUGUGACUGUAAAUUUGACCAUCAUCAUUCAAAUGUUACAAUUAUGAACAAAGAGAAGAAAAAGGUCAUCAGUAUUAUAUUAAAGUGCAAAAUCGGGUCACUUUUUUCUUACGCACAAGUCCUGCGUCGACUCAUUUUGUUACAUCUGUCAUACUGUUGUGCUUGAGUUUUUAAAUCAUUUAGUUUCUUCCCGGUGAAAAAAUGUUUUGCUUUUAGAUUGACCCCAAGUGACUUCCAUGACUUCAGGAAGGCUGUUAGACUGUAGCAAAUCAUAGAUGUAGUAGCUUCUCAUGUAUAGUGUAUAUCUGCUGUUAUAUGUGUAAAGAAUUUCAGGUCACACAGAGUUGUUGCCUGUUCACAGUAAUGGCAGUUAUUAAAUAGAUUAAAAAUA